CUCUCGCGAUUCCACCACAGCCAGGACAGUAGGGCACACAGAUAAGCGCGCGGACGGAAGCUGAGGGCGCUUUUGUGGCCGUUGUCAAGGUUCAUUGCCAAGAGCUCAACGGAAUCGCGAGCGCUGGCACAGACAGGUGGAUCGCAGCACUGGCACGUUCCUUUCACAUUGGAGAGAGAGAGAGGCGCACGUACUCGAAGUUCGUUCGUUCCCUUCCGCCUGUCAACGCCCUUUCGCAGACCAAACCUGAACUACAACAACAUACAGCCGCGGCGGCGGCGGUUAGAAAUCGAAACCCUCCGAUAGCACACACACCAGCGUCACACACGCUAUCAGUCAAAAACAAAGCCGGCAACCGCGCAACGAUGAGGGCCGCGGCGCCGGUUGGGGGAUCCCCCAAGACCGUGGAUCGAGUGCUGGGCGUCUUGGUGGCGGCGUGCGCGUCUGCGCUGUUGGUCGCUCUCGGAGCGAGGGCCGGAGCGCGGGCCGGAGCCUCCUUCACGACGCUGCUGCGCCUGGCGUACCAAGGCAGCAGCACCAGCAGCAAGCGACGGUCUUCCCGAACGGAGGAGGAGGAGGAAGGGGACGCGUACUUCGAGUACGCUCACGGAUCGCGGUCUACCGCAGCGGCGAGGGCGAGAGGCGCGGGAGGGGCGGGACGGGGGGGGUUGGUGCUGCACGCGGGGAGUUGCCACUGCGGAGGGCUCGCUUUCGAGGUGGAGGCGCCGGAGCACCUAGCGGCGAUAGAGGGGCCGAGCAAGGUGCGCUAUCCGUUCAUCACGGUGCCUGCGGAGCAGUUUCGUCUGACUUCCGACGACACCAACGGUUCGCUCUACCUCCUCCAGUAUCGCCCCCCAGCGGGUAGUGACGACACGCCAAAGGUGUCGGCGCACUUCUUCUGCAGGAGGUGCGGCGUGCACAUCGUCCACGCCCCGGACUUCCCGCACGCCGCGGUCGCGGACGUGAACGUGCACUGCAUCCACCCGGCCACCAUCAAGAGCCUCGCGGUGGCGUUCCCACGAAGGGGAGGGGGGGAGCUUCCGGGGAUAGGGGACCCGGUGGAGGGGAUGUAUGAGGCUCGACGGCACAGCAGUGGUACCGACAGCGGUGGAAGGCGCGGCAGCGGCAGCGGCGGUGGUGGCGGCGGGAGGGACACCUGGGGCGACGUGUUAAUGCACGUAGCCUCGCUCCCUUCCUCCUCCUCCUCGACGUCAGCCUCGGCGGUGGGCACGGCGGGAUCUUCUCUCUUGCCGCGCAAGCCUUCCUCCACCUCCACCAGGCAGCAGCCCCACUACCAACACCAUCAGCAGCCGAACGGCGUCAGCAGCGGCGGCGGCUGGGGGUCGGGGACGUCGGAUCUUCUCCUUCGCGCGGAGAGGGAGAGGCAGCAGCAGCAGCAGCAGCAGCAGCGGCGGUGGCAGCCGCAGCAACAGAUCCCGCGGGGAGAGGGCGGGGGGGGCGAGCUUUCGCGAAGAGCCGGGGACGGGCGUCGCGCGGGCGCCCCGGGUACGAAUAGUUGGGGCGUGAAUGGGUACCCGGUGGGUGGAGGGGUUCCUGGGUCUGGAGGGCAACGACGAAGGUCGCGGUCUGUCGACUCGACCCCGGCGACCCCGCACGCUAGCACCGUCAUUGCUAGCCCGGGGGCUGAAGGCGUAGCAUCCAAGGACAGCGACGACGGAGAGGAGUCGUCCGGCGGCAGCCGGAGUUUCGCGUCCAUGGUUGGCCGCGGCGGCGGCGGCGGUGCUGCUGCUACCUCCAUCUUUGGGGUGGGGAAGGGAGGGAGCAACGGCGGGCAGAGCUAUCAACAGAACGGCGGUGGCGGUGGCGGUGGCGGCCUUCUGAGACCGCCUUCGGCGAUGACUGGGGGUUACGCCGCCGCACAGGCAUGA